AUGGGUGACAAAGACCUUCUUUUGACGGAGGAUUCUAUCGAAUCGGCCACUGUGAAGAAGAAUGUGGGGAAAAGGACGCAGAUCCCCAAAAUUCCUUGGUACAUGGCCGGCGGCUUCGUCCUUUUCUGGGCUUCCCUCUUCCUGGCAGUCGUGGUCCCACUGUUCUACCGCCUGCCCCAGGGCAACACCUUCGAGGACGCCUCCAAGGGAGUCUUCAUCGCCGAACGAGCCCAGGAGAAUCUAUACGACUUCGCAAAGAUCGGCAUCAAGUUGGUCGGAAGCGAUGGAAAUGAGAACAAAACGGUACAAUUUUUACUAAAGGAACUGGCACUAAUCCAAGCAAAUGUCCGAGAAGACUAUUUCGACAUGGAGAUCGACCACCAAAUUGCCUAUGGAUCGUAUGAGAGGAACAGCGCGCUGUACCAGUACCAGGCCGUGCAAAAUAUAGUGGUUAAAGUAACGCCCAAGGGAAGUACGAGCCAGAAUUACCUGCUGGUCAACUCCCACUUUGACUCAAAGCCCACGAGUCCGUCUGUCGGAGAUGCGGGUCACAUGAUCGUGACCAUGCUUGAGGUGAUCAGAAUCAUCACAACCUCCACCGACAAGUUUGACCACACAAUCAUCUUUCUGUUCAACGGUUCCGAGGAGAAUUCGCUUCAGGGAUCGCAUGGUUUCAUCAGCUCACACAAAUGGGCGCCAUUCUGCAAGGUCGUAAUUAAUUUGGACGCAGCUGGAAGUGGAUGUCGCGAGCUUUUAUUCCAGACGGGACCCAACAACUCGUGGCUUCUCAAGUACUACAAGAAGUACGCUGAGCAUCCAUUUGCUACCACUAUGGCUGAGGAAAUUUUCCAAACUGGCAUCGUACCCUCAGACACUGACUUUGAUAUUUUCUCCGACUUUGGAAACCUCGUUGGGUAUGAUAUUGGUCUGGUUUGCAACGGUUUCGUCUAUCACACAAAGUACGAUCGUUAUGAUGUUAUACCACGGGGUUCCAUUCAAAACACGGGAGACAAUCUUUUGGGCCUUGUUCGUUCCCUAGCCAAUGCCCCAGAAUUGGCUGACACCACUGAAACCGGAAAGGCAAUCUUUUUUGAUGUCCUAGGACUGUUCUUUGUUAGCUACUCGGCUGAUGAUGGCAAAACCCUCAACUAUGCCGUGGCCGGAAUCGCAAUCUUUCUGGUUUAUGUAUCGCUCCUGCGAAUUGCGGACGUUUCCAAUGUAACCUCCGCCCAGGUCCUGAGUUGGUUUGUCCUCAUCCUUGUGCUCCAAGUGGUUGCUUUUGUACUGGGACUAGCUCUGCCCAUAGUGGUUGCGUACAUGUUUGACAAGAACGGACUAUCCCUCACCUACUUCAGCACUCCGGCACUUUCCCUCGGCCUGUAUGUUUGCCCCAGUCUCGUGGGACUUGCUCUGCCCAGUGUUAUAUACCUUAAGCUGCAGAAGAAUGAAAAACUUACUUAUGCCCACCAACUGCAAAUGGCUCUCCAUGGACACGCAGUUGUGUUGUCCAUUCUUGGCAUUGCCAUAAAUUAUUAUGGCCUGCGUACUACCUAUAUCAUUACUUGGACCCUUGUCUUCUAUGUCCUUACCGUAGGUCUUAAUCUGGUGACCACUCUGCAGGAUCGUGGCUUUUCAUGGACGGGGAUUGUAAAGGUGAUCCAGGUCUGCCCGUUCCUGUACAACAGCUAUCUUUUUUACACAUUCAUAGUAGUUCUUACCCCAAUGAUGGGUCGUUUUGGACAGACCACCAAUCCCGACUUGAUCAUUUCUGCCUUGGCCGCCUUGGGAACUAUUCUUUCGAUGGGCUUUUUAAUUUUGCUUAUAAACGUGUCACGUCGAUCAGGCUUGAUUCUUCUGGCUUUGCUAUCCGUAACUGCUGCCACUAUUUCCAUUGCCAGCUCCACGGAUAUCGGUUACCCAUAUCGUGCUAAGACUAAUGUUGAAAGGGUUUACUAUUUGCACGUGCGCCGAACCUUUUACGAAUAUGAUGGAACCGUCAGCAAGGAUGAGUCUGGAUAUCUGUUCAACUUCCAGGAUCGUCGUGGUAGUGCUCCCCUGGUGGAAGCCAAUGUGGAUCUCACUGGUAUGGUGAGCAUGGCAUCUGAUUGUGCGAAGUACAUGAUGUGCGGGGUGCCCUAUCCCGAUUCCCGCUAUGUGAAGAGUCGUCUGAAUGGAACUUGGCUGGCCCGCGAAAUACCCAUUGAACCUGCGACGGAUAAACCCUUGGAGCUCCUGAACAAAACAGUUCUGGAAGAUGGCCUAACCGUCCGUCUCGAAUUCAAAAUCAAUUUCACGGACCAUUCCACUCUGUACAUCCAGCCCUUUGAGGACGUAACCAUUAGCAGUUGGACGUUACUUGAUAGCUAUUUGUCCAGUACCCCGCCCUAUUAUCUAUUCUUCACUUACGGCGUGGAUGGAUCUCCCGUAAACUUAACCCUAGAGAUAAAGAAAUCCAAUGGGGACUUCAACGUACCACUCGCACAAAUCGGAAUUGGCAGACAGUUUAUGCACACUAAAGGCGAUCUCACCGCUCAGAAGUUUGCCGAAACUUUCCCCGAGACCGCUGUCCUAAUUGAAUGGCCAGCGGACUACCAUCGAUACAUAUUUUAA